AUGUCUGACUCAGAAAAUGCCUCCGACUCAGAAAAUGUUUCUGCACCCGACUCAGAAAAAGCCUCCGACUCAGAAAAUGCGCCCGACUCAGAAAAUGCCCGACUCAGGAAUAACCCCGACUCAGAAAAAGCCUCCGACUCAGAAAAUGUCCCAGACUCAGAAAAUGCUCCCGAUUUAGAAAAUGCUCCCAACUCAGAAAAUGUCCGACUCAGAAGUAACAUCGACUCAGAAAAAGCCUCCGACUCAGAAAAUGCCCGACUCAGAAAAUAUUCGACUCAGAAAAAACCCAGACUCAGAAAAAUCCUCCGACUCAGAACAUGCUCCCGAUUUAGAAAAUGCUCCCAACUCAGAAAAUGUUCGACUCAGAAAAUGUUUCAGACUCAGAAAAUGCACCCGACUCAGAAAAACUCCGACUCAGAAAAUGCACCCGACUCAGAAAAUACCCGACUCAGGAAUAUCCCCGACUCAGAAAAUGUCCCAGACUCAGAAAAUGCUCCCGAUUUAGAAAAUGCUCCCAACUUAGAAAAUAUCCGACUCAGAAGUAACCCCGACUCAGAAAAUGUUCCCGAUUUGGAAAAUGUCUGA